GAACACAGGAACCCUAGACUCCACCCCCCACCCCGCCGCACCCAAACCCUACCCAGCCGCCGCCGUCGCCGCCGCCGCAGCGCGGAGGCGACCCCCCAACCGCCGCCAAGAUGCAGAUCUUCGUGAAGACCCUGACGGGGAAGACCAUCACGUUGGAGGUGGAGUCCUCGGACACCAUCGACAACGUGAAGGCCAAGAUCCAGGACAAGGAGGGCAUCCCGCCGGACCAGCAGCGUCUCAUCUUCGCCGGCAAGCAGCUCGAGGACGGCCGCACCCUCGCCGACUACAACAUCCAGAAGGAGUCCACCCUCCACCUGGUCCUCCGCCUCCGCGGUGGCGCCAAGAAGCGCAAGAAGAAGACGUACACCAAGCCCAAGAAGAUCAAGCACAAGCACAAGAAGGUGAAGCUCGCCGUGCUCCAGUUCUACAAGGUGGACGACGCCACCGGCAAGGUCACCCGCCUCCGCAAGGAGUGCCCCAACACCGAGUGCGGCGCCGGCGUCUUUAUGGCCAACCACUUCGACCGCCACUACUGCGGCAAGUGCGGCCUCACCUAUGUCUACAACCAGAAGGCGUAAUCGCUUGCGCCGAUUUGCUUUACCCGCCUACCUAUCAAGCAUCCACCUGUUGGUUACUCGAAUUGAAUCUCAUUUAGAUCUGUCUGAGGUUGAAACUUAAAUGGAGCAGUAGUAUCUAUCAUAUUGGUACCCCCUGUUACUGAGUUGAUGUGAUGCUGAGUUAAAUUUUGUUUUCAUAUUCUUCUAUCA